GGAGCCAUAUCUUGCCGCAUCAAUGCCAUCAACUCCCUUGCCAGCCCCACAGCCACUUCCAGAUGGCUAUUAUGUGGCACCUCCUCCGCCUCGACCUCUUCUCCUUUUUAUAACCAAUGUGAAGAAUGCCCGGACAGUUUGGGUAGAGAUCUCCAUCAACGACAAUGUCCACAUGCUGAAAAGAUACACAUCUCGGAAAAUGGGGAUCCCCGUUCAAGAUAUGAUUCUAGUGUAUCAAGGAGAAGAGCUGAAAAACGACACGCAAAUCAAGCUGAGCAAGCUAGACUUUGUGAUUCAGAAGGCAGCAGAAUCAGAACCUUCAGCUGAAGACUGCACUAUUCACUUGAUUGACAUCAAGGAUACUCCAGCAGAUAUCCGUGAGCCCAAGGCUGCCGGACCUGAUGGCACACAUGGAUCAUUUUGAUCAGACCAAAGCUGACCCGGGACGCGGAUGUUUAAUCAGAC